GCCAGCCGCUCCGCUCCGUGCGCACUCGGGCUCCGGCAUGGACACACGCUCGCUCCGCAACUUUCCUCCGGAGCUCUCCCCGCUGUCGCCGCGCGUCUGACACCGAAUCCUCGCUCCCUCCGCCCGGACAUGGACCUGUGAGCGGAAGCCAGCGAACCCCCGAGCCCCGACGCCGCGUGUUUUCGAACCCGUGUGUGUCCGUUUGUGUGUGUUUCUUUUUCCUCGUUGUUGGAGUUACCGGAGGGGGAACCAAGGGGGGGAAAAUGCCCGUUGCAACUCUCCUGCCUUUCACGGCCACCCCGAGCAGGAAGUCCGCCAGCCCGACCUCCUUCAGGCUGACGGAGAAGUUCAUCCUGCUGCUGGUGUUCAGCGCCUUCAUCACCCUCUGCUUCGGGGCCAUUUUCUUCCUGCCGGACUCGUCCAAGCUGCUCAGCGGAGUUUUCUUCCACUCCUCCGCGGUGGAGACUAACACCCGCACCGGCCCGGACAGCAGCGACUCGGGCUCGGCCGGCAGCGACGUCCGGGUCCUGGCCAAGAUCAAGAAGGACCACGAGAAGGCUCUGCUGGAGGCCAAGGAUACUCUCCAGAAGAGACCCGACGAGAUCCAGCAGGACAUCCUCGACGACAAGGAGAAACUUUCCAGGGACAGUUUGGCUCAGUUGGCGAAGGACGGCGGCCAUUUACCCGUCGUGGAGUACCACCGGCCGCCGGGGACGACCGGGCACGAGCCCCUGGACCCGGAGACCAGGGACCGGCGGGCCAAAGUCAAAGAGAUGAUGAAGCAUGCAUGGGACAGCUACAGGCACUACGCCUGGGGUUCCAAUGAGCUCAGGCCCGUCUCCAAGCAAGGCCACUCAAGCAAUCUAUUUGGAAGUAUAAAAGGCGCGACCAUCGUGGACGCUCUGGAUUCGCUCUACAUCAUGGAAAUGUUCGAUGAAUUCGAUGCCGCCACCGAGUGGGUGGAGAAGAACCUCGACUUCAACGUGAACGCUGAGGUGUCUGUGUUUGAGGUGAACAUCCGGUUUGUGGGAGGUCUGCUGUCCGCCUACUACCUGUCAGGGAAGGAGGUUUUCCGUAGGAAGGCGGUGGAGCUUGGUGAAAAGCUGCUUCCAGCCUUCAAAACGCCGACUGGCAUCCCCUGGGCUCUGCUCAACCUCAAGAGUGGUAUAGGUAGAAACUGGCCGUGGGCGUCUGGCGGCAGCAGCAUCCUGGCCGAGUACGGAACCCUGCACCUGGAGUUCAUGCACCUCGGCCAGCUCUCCGGAAAUCCUGAGUUUGCUCAGAAGGUGAUGAACAUCCGGAAGGUUCUCAACCGCCUGGACAAACCUCAGGGGCUGUACCCCAACUACCUGAACCCCAACAGUGGCCAGUGGGGCCAACAUCAUGUGUCUGUCGGUGGCCUGGGCGACAGUUUCUAUGAGUACCUGCUCAAGGCCUGGCUGAUGUCAGACAAGACAGAUGAGGAAGGAAAGAAGAUGUACUACGAGGCCCUGCAGGCGAUAGAGACCAACCUGAUGAGGAAGUCCAGCGGCGGCCUGACCUACAUAGCGGAGUGGAAGGGGGGGCUCCUGGAGCACAAGAUGGGUCACCUGACCUGCUUCGCGGGAGGCAUGAUGGCGCUGGGAGCCGACGGGGCGCCCAGCGACAAGACGGGCCACCAGAUGGAGAUGGCCGCCGAGAUCGCCCGCACGUGUCACGAGUCGUACGUCAGGACGGCCCUGAAGCUGGGUCCGGAGGCGUUUCGAUUCGACGGCGGGGUCGAGGCCAUCGCCACCCGCCAGAACGAGAAGUAUUUCAUCCUGCGUCCCGAGGUGAUCGAGACCUACAUGUACAUGUGGAGGUUCACCCACGACCCCAAGUACAGAGACUGGGGCUGGGAGGCCGUCCAGGCGCUGGAGAAGCACUGUCGGUUGGAAGGAGGCUACAGCGGCGUCAGGGACGUGUACGCCUCGUCUCCGAACCACGACGACGUCCAGCAGAGCUUCUACUUGGCAGAGACGCUGAAGUAUCUGUACCUGCUCUUCUCUGAGGACGACCACCUGCCGUUCGACCACUGGGUCUUCAACACCGAGGCUCACCCCCUGCCCGUGAUCCGGAAGGACCAAACAGAAAUACCCAAUGAGGUGGAGUAGUGCCCCCCCCCCCCCCGUGCAAGAACCUCUGAUGCUGAAAACCUGAGCCUCCAGCCGGAGUCGCCCGCUGACGCCUCUCGAUGGGAUUUCACUCUUUUUGUUUUUAAACGGGAUCUAAACUGAAGACACGUCGGAGCUGAGUUCUCUCAGUCGAGUCCAGUUUUUGUUGUUGUUGUUUUUUUGUUGUUGUUCUUGACGCGGACGGACGCGCUUCCUGUCGGAUGAGGUGCUGACUUGAGGUCAGUCGUCCCCGGGACCAGUUUGAAACGACAGUGUGGUGAACGACAGGACGACUGUCGGUGUUGGUUUUUAAUAUUCUCUGAUUAUCAACUGGUAUUUUCCUGAAUUAGAUUUUUGUGGACACAGUGGACACAUGGACCCUGUUCUUUGGGGGGGGAAUCGAACCCAGUUAGACUUGGUUGACCUGGCAAACCACAGGAAGCUGCGUUCACUUCCCAUCGUCUUAUUUCAUAACUGAAGAGGAACCUUUGUUUUUUUUCUAAACCGUCUGCUCCCCCCCCCCCCCCCAGGAUAUCAAUUCUGAAUCUAGUCUCACAAUCGAGGUUCAGUACCGGUCGGACCUUCCUCUUCCUCAUCUUCCUCUUCUCGUCUCUGUCCUCAUUUCAGCGUAGAACCGUCUGUAGGAUCUUCUCUCCUCUGUGAGGAGAUGCAGACGCACACACCUGCACACACACACACACACACACAGACACACACAAGGAGCCAUACUGACUCAAUACAGCCUUACCAUUCCGUCGUGAGCCUCCUCAUCCUCCUGAGUUCGACUGAUCGCUCUCACCUGACACUUCAUUUCGGUGUUCUCUACCCCAACGCUCUCUCCGGACGCCGCACAGAACUGUAGCCAGAUUAAAUCCAGUUUUUAGUCUUCGAUUUAGUGCCUUCACUGUUGAAAAGGGAGAGACGGCUCAAACACACACACACACACACACACACACACACACACACACACACACACACACACACACAGAGGAGACAGGUUUGAAAACGUAGCUUUAAGUGACGUUCCCACGCCUCACACGAGGAUUAAACCAAAACUAGACCCGGAUUAAAGGAUUUAUUUUUAUUCUGAUAUUCAGUUGAAGCUUCACAGCAGCACAAGGUGGAAACGUCUCGGACGAGCUCAGGUUCAUCUGAGGAUCAAACACUAAGAGACUGAAUCACUGGAACUCCGGGAUUCUCGCUCCAUCCUUUUUAUCCCAUAGACUGGUCCACACUGACACCUAGUGGCGAGAGCUACUUAUUACACAUGAGACCUGGGCUUUAUGACUCGUUCAUAUUUAUAUAUAUGAGUUUUUUAUUUUAAGCUUUAAACACAAACACAAACUCAUUUUAACCUCAGUGACUUGUUUUUUAUCAAAGAUCUGCUCAUGAGAGGGAGAAUCAAAUUCAGACCUGGAUCUUUAAAACCAAAUUUCUUCUUCCAUCUUCGACCGAGCUUCUUUACAUCGUUUAUUUGGAUCAUUGUGUGUAAAUAAAUAUGGACGACACGUCUCCACUUCCUCCCACUUUUCAGAAAUGAAGCUAAAGUGUCCCGGGUUCGAAUCCUGUGCAGGUGAUGGAGCCGUCAGUCCAGUCCUGAGUUAGUCUCAGCUGUCAAUCACGACCUUUCAUAGCAGCAAAUAACAAACUAAAACCAAUUUUAGGCCCAAAAAUAUAAACAACAUGCUACUUUGAUAAUUUGUGUCCUUUUAGUUUGGUCCCAUCCAUUAGGGACGUAUGAGCAAUACUGCAGCCAGCCACCAGGCGGCGAUCAAGAUGCUUUGGCUUCAUAUUUUGGGAGCCGUCGUGUCGGCCAUCUUUACGAACAUUGAUCUAAACAGAAACGUGCAGGAUCCUCCUCCUCCUCCUCCUCUUCUUCAUGAGCUUUAAUAAAAGUUUUAAGUCGUCAUUAAAAACUUCAAACGACAAAACACUUUGUUUAGAUUUGUUUAUUUUGGUUCUUUUCCGACAGAGACCCGUUAGCCCAGAUGUCUCCGAGCAGAGCAGACGAGCUGCACUGAGGUUCUGGCUCCUCCCACGUUUCAGAUUUCUUCGUCCACACGUUCAUAAAGUCGUAGUUUGUUGUUUCACAAAGUCGCUGACGACACAUUUGUCUCAGAAGGUGAAAGAAACGCAGAGAACUUCACCACGCUGCAGUUAAAAUACAGAUUCAGUUUUCUUUUCUUUACUCAAUCGGAAACUUUCAGAUUAAAAUGACAAACUCUCCCUGAAUUCCAAACUUUCCUCUAAAACCAAAAACCCCCCAAUGAGCCACUCUCACGUCACAACCGACACACACAUAUCAGCCCGUCGUCUUUCCCGUGGACUUUCUGAGCCGUGAGCAGAUUCUCUUCAUUCACUGUACAGACGACAGCGUGUUUCCUUUUCUUCUAUUAUCCAUGUGAUGGUGUGUUGUGCUGGUGGGACUAUUUGCUGCCUGUGUUAAUUUAUUGUGUAGUAGUGAACCAUAGAACUCAGAGGUGUGUUGUUGGGGAUGUGACCCCCAGGUGGCUUUAAAGGUUGUUUCAUAUUUAUCUGCCACAAAAAAACAAACAUCCUGUUCCGACAGAUUUCAGAAGGUUUGAAGCUCUGCGUCUAUAAAACGCCCCGUAGUUAAAACCUCAUUAAUCAUCUGUGAAGCUUCCAUCUUACGAUCUUUUUAAAGACGUUUUUUUAAACGCCCGGCUUCAAAACCUUCGACGUGAUGUUUGUUUUUCUCGGCUGAAAGAAUCGUUAAAGAAAAGCACCGGGGAGCCGAGGGAACCAGUUGUACAGGAGGACAGAAGCUGAAUGAAUGUACGAUCCAAUGUGAAGUGAAGAAUAUUUUGUAUACGUCUUUGUUGACUCACUUCUUUGUGCUUUUGUUUGUUGUCUGUUAUUUUGUCUGGGUUUUUUUUUUAUUUCUUCGUAAAGCACAAACCGUGACGCAGGGAAAGGUUCGUUCGCAGAGAGACGGGAAGCGAUGCGUGUUCUCGUUUUGUUGUUGUUGUUUUUCUGAUUCGUAGGAAAUUAUCCAAAUCACACGUGUUUGGAUUCGUUGGGGUUUUUGUUUUCAGCGUCGUGGAUGUAAGUGUUAAUCGUAAAGUGAAGUGUUAACGAACCUGAAGCUGCUCGAUGGAAAUUCAGAGGAACGACGGAGACACAACGUGAAUCUUUCCUGAUUCUGUGACGGUCGCGUUUAUCGUUAACUAACGAGUUCAGGGUCGUUCGGCUUUGAUCUGUUUCUUUUUGGUGAUUUCUUUGAUCUUAUUGGCCCAAAGUAAAGUGGUUGUGAUGUAGCUAUGACACUUUAAUGUUUGGUUUCAUUUCAAUAUGAAUUUAAAAAGUUUCCAGUUAAUGUCGAGUUGAGGACCAAUGAAAACGACUUUUUAUUCAAGCUGUAAAAUUGUUAUUUCCGUUGAAGCGUCGUUAGAUUUAUACAAAAUGGAUGAAUAUCAAGUUUCUUAUGAUUUGAAAUAAGGAAAAAGUUAAAUUGCCGGAGGAUCAUAGGAGGUUAAAAAUACAAAAAGAUGAAAUGGAUUAAUAUAUUUGUGUUUGUGCCUUCGGACUUCUGACCCAGGAGAAACAAACACUCUCUUUCUUCUGCGUUUCAGUGUCGUUCACUUUUAAUUAAGCUACGGAUUAAGUUCUGGAGUCGCCCUCUGGUGGUAGAAGUCACUUCUUCAUCUUGAAACCUCCAGAAGGAAAAACUUUUUUUAAAACAAAUCAUAUGCUUUUUAAUUAACGAUGAAAUAUUUAAGCUCUGUUUUGAUUCACGCUCUUUGAUUCUGGUGACCUUUGACCUGGUGGAGGGUUUAAAAUCGUAUUCUUUUCACCGUGGGGGGGGGGUGGUGGUGGUAUGAAGUGCUAAAUAUUUUUACCAGAAUCUUUUCUUGAGUGUCUGAACGAACCCGAGCGAGGGUGUAGGUUUACAGUCUCCGUCCCCAUGCUGAGAUUUCUUCGUACAAUUCUACAGAACAUUUGAGAAUGAAAGUCUUCGUUAACUUUCGCACGCUAGCUACCACGUGUCUGAGAAGCGUGGACGCUCGGAAAACGUUUUUUGACUUAUUCGGAAUUAAAGGCAGUUAACUUAGAACCUGUAUGCUCCACGUGUGGUUGGAUUUAUCUCCCGGAGUAUUUAUUUUUCCAUGUGGACGCGUCACUUCCUGAACAGACGGUUUCCUGGAAAUCGUCUUUUUGGUGAUUAUUGUUGAAUAUCGUGUUUUGACGAUCUGUUGCGUUACGAAGCUUUUCAGUUGGUUGAACGUUAAAGGGAAAUGACGCCCACUUAAAGGAAUCCCCCCGUUGGAAAUGUGACACUUCCCCUUUAAGAAACUAAACUUUAAAUAAAACUGACGCGUCCUCAAACUAUAUUGGUUCUUAAAAUGUUUGACAUUUUACUUUGAAAAGGUUUAAACGUGUGAAACAACCUCAGAAAUGUGUCUGUACAAAAUAUUGCUGAUAAUCAUUCCAUUGCACAUAGUUUACUUUGCGUUUAUAUGCAAUAUUUUAAUUUUGUUGGGGAAAUUUGUUUUAUCGUGUUAAUAAUUUUAUUAUAAUUACUAUUAUUAUUGAAAAAGAAAAAUUGUAAAUAUUCCACCCGGCAAAUGGGCCGUUCUACAUUUGUAUAAAAAUCUUCUGAACUUAUGGAUUAAAAUGAUAUUAAUAAGCAGCAGACUUUUUAAUAAACUAUAUUUGUUACACUUCUAUUGUGAAUAAAGAAUCUUUUAAUAA